CUCGGCCCCCUGACCCGUAUGACCUUGACGACGCCCACCAUCGUCGCCCGGCCUCAGAAACGCAAGAUGACCGUCGCCACCUGCCUCUCGGCCAAUGGCAAGCCCCAGAGCGUGAUCAAGUGGGACACCAGGUUGAAGGGCGAGGCCACUUUCCAGGAGACGCGCAACGCCAACGGGACGGUGACGGUGAGGAGCAACUACGUGGUGGUGCCGAGCCGCGAGACCCACAAGCAGAAGCUCACCUGCAUCGUGACCUAUCGGAACGAGAGGAUCACCGACAGCGUGGUGCUCAACGUGCAGUAUGAACCCGAGGUGAAGAUCGAGGGCUUCGAUGGGAACUGGUACCUGAACCGACAGAACGUCCAGCUGACCUGCCGAGCCGACGCCAACCCCCCUGUCACCAUCUACCAGUGGAAACUAUUGAACGGCUCCCUUCCCAGUAACGUGGAGAUCAAGAACAACACCCUGUUCUUCAAGGGUCAGGUGACCUACGACGUGGCCGGCACGUACGUGUGCGACGCCACCAACGGCAUCGGGACGCGCACCGGCAGCGUGGACGUCAACAUCACAGAAUUCCCUAUCAACCCGACACCUGGGGGCCGUGAGAUCACGUCGGAGCAGCACAAUGCAGGUGCCGCCAUCGGGGGCGCUGUGGGGGGCGUCGCCCUAUUGGGGGUGGCGGCCAUACUGCUCUUCGUAUUCCUGCGCCGCCGCCAGCGCACCUUCAAGGGCGACUACAGCACCAAGAAACACGUGUUCGGAAACGGCUACAGCAAGGCCGGCGGCCUGCCCGCCCACCCCGCCCCAUCCCCAAGAACCUUGCAGUACCCGGACGACUCGGACGACGAGAAGAAGCCCGCCCAGAUCGGCGGCCCCGGAGGUUUCGAGGCGAGCGAGCGCGACUUUGAGGCCGAGGCCGAGGACCUGAAGAGGCCCUACUUCACUGUGGACGAGGGGGAGAGCCGGGAGUACGACGAGCGGACUCUGGCUUUCCAGUAUGACCCUGAACCGGAGAUAGCCGACGACAUGGUCUCUCAAACCGACGGCUCGGUCAUUUCUAAGAAAGAGUGGUACGUGUAGUGGGGGGGCGUGAAACAACCAAACCAAACAGCCCUCUGUUCCCCCCCGUCCCCCCCCCCACACACCUGCA